UUGACGACCUUCUUUCCCUCUUCUAACUUCAGCUCACAUUGCCCCAAUCCCAUAGUAAUAAUUCUUAAACAUGGCGUCGUCGCACACCCUCUCCUCCUCCAUGGAAGCAGCCAUCUCAAGCUCCAACCGUGUCUCCAGGUUUUCAGAAACCCCUCCAGUAUUUCAAUCCAUCAAUCCAUCUAACAGGCGCAGUAUUUGUUAUCCAAAAAUUAGUUUUAGCCCGCCUUCUACUUGCUCUUUUGGCGGCGGCUGCUCUCCCCGUCUGGUGGUUAGCCGUGCUGAACUCUCGGGUGAAAGCGGUUGCGAAGAAGAGGAUAUUAAUGGGUUGAAGAAUGAUAAUGCGUUUGGCUUAGUUCCUGAAUCAACUUUUUCGUUGUCCCAGGAUAAUUCAGAUAAACAAGAAAUAAACAGAAAUGAUUCGAAUCAAGCUUCAAAAGUGGUUUCACCCCUUGAGCACUCAACUAGUGGCGGUACAAGGGCUGGGCUUUUCAGAACUCCCAUUUCUGGAGGGGUACAAAGUGCAACCUCAGCUCAUGGCCUACCUAAACCUGCCUUAGCUGUCCGCAAUCUAAUGGAGCAGGCAAGAUUUGCUCAUUUAUGCACUGUGAUGUCGCGGAUGCAUCAUCGACGAGAAGGCUACCCAUUUGGAACACUUGUAGAUUUUGCGCCAGAUUCUAUGGGGCAUCCUAUAUUUUCGUUCUCGCCAUUAGCUAUACACACCCGUAAUUUGCUAGCUGACCCGAGAUGCACAUUGGUUGUACAGAUUCCAGGAUGGAGUGGUUUAUCUAAUGCAAGGGUCACGAUAUUUGGUGAUGUCUAUCCACUACCUGAAGAUCAACAGGAAUGGGCACACAAGCAGUAUAUAGCAAAACAUCAGCAAGGUCCUUCUCAACAAUGGGGAAACUUUUUUUACUUUAGGAUGCAAAAUAUAAGCGAUAUAUAUUUCAUUGGAGGCUUUGGAACUGUUGCUUGGGUGGAUGUCAAGGAGUAUGAGUCACUUCAUCCUGAUAAAAUUGCUGUUGAUGGUGGUGAACAAUAUCUUAAGGAGCUCAAUGCAAUAUUUUCAAAGCCUCUAAAAGAUCUUUUAGCACAAGAAAGUGAGGUGGAUGAUGCCGCUUUGAUCUCAAUAGAUAGCAAGGGGACAGAUAUUCGUGUCCGUCAAGGGGCACAGUUCAAUGUACAAAGAAUAUCAUUUGAAGAAGGCCAUUCAGUUGAAACACUAGAAGAAGCCAAAGCAGCACUCUGGAAAUUGAUAAAUGGAGGCCGACUUCACAAUUUGCAGAAAUGAAGAUUGCAAAAUGCUAUCUAUUUAACUUAAGGAGUCGAAAUGAUCAGUGGAAUAGCCUGUGUAAGGUUGGCGGUUAUGGUAUUACAAGAAUCAGUUUUGUCACCUUUUUUUUUGCGGAAGUAUUAGCUUAUAGCCUUAUAGAGGGUUAAUGGUUGUGGGUGUGCUGAGUUCUUCAGAAAACUGACUUCUACCGACCUAAAUUUGCAAUGUAAGGUUGGUGAUGGUGUUUCAAGAAUGUUCUCAUCACAUUUUCUGUGCUAUAGUAUGAACUUGUA